GUCACCGCCGUCGCCGCCGCUUGGGCAGGAGGAAGCCGCGCGCUGCGCCUGUCGCCUGUCCUUCUGCUGGCCACGUUGGAACCGAUCGCUAUUCUCUCCGUGUAGUACGUGUGCUUGUGUGUGCGUGCGUGCCCCUGCAGCCGUCGUCGACGUCAAACUUGGAGCACGCACCGACGUUGCGAUGAAGUUUGACUGAGAAGAGCGCACGACCGUGUUGUUCGCGCCUGCGAAGCCGAGAAGGAAUUCUAUGAACUGAGCCUGGCACGGCUCGCAUCUCCGCCGAGUGAGAGCCCAGGGAGCUUCGUAGUGCCGGCGUCCAGGGGAAAAGAAAGGCGACGCCGUCCGCCUCUCUCCGUUCGGCGCCUUGCCUCUGUCGCUGCCGUUGUGAACACUUUCUUCUUGUCUGACUUCUGAACCAGUGGCUGCGACAGAGCCCGGGAUCGCCCCAAGUUUGUACGACAGCCCGAGUGUCCCAGCGCGUUCGCGGAUGUGUUGUUGAAACGGUGUCAACCAUGGUAGCCUGUCGGAGCCGACUGUUGAUCUGACGCCAGCUGUGCCGAUCGCACUUCUCCGGCUGAACGUACGGAGAGCGGCAAUUUUGAGCGGGUCGCCAACUCAGCGCGGUUCGGCAACGUCGUCCGCCUCGGGCAGAAGCCGGGCAACAACAGCUGCAGCAGCGCCUGUGAGCGCCGCGCAACUGGCGCGCCGAACGAGGCGUGCUACCACCGCCAGGGCGAGAAAGGCAUCGGAGCGAUGCGCGGAGGAGACCGCUGGCGCUAGGCGGCGGCGGGCUGACGCCCUAUGAUUCAGGUGAUGGACACCACAUUGUCGGCGACAGGUGCCGAGGGCCAGCCGCUGCUGUGCAACGGCGCGGCGUCGGGCGCCUCAUCCGGUGUUGGUGGUACCUCGGGCCUGCACCACUCGUGGCCUGAACACCAUGCCAGCUGCGACGAGUAUCGCAAUCGGCGCGACAAGAACGGCGACCUGCUCGCGUGCGACACAGUCAUCAGCAUCGGUGCGGCUGCAUCCCCCGUUGAGCGCGGCGGCGAGCCGCGGCUGUUGCAGGAGAAGUGGAAGACCCUGGUGGCCUUCACCUUCCUGUCGGCCAACCUAAUCCUCAACCUGACGUGCUUGGCUUACGUGCACGAGCGCAUCCCCGACCGAGCCAAGUACCCGCCGCUGCCGGACGUCUUCUUUGACUACUUCCCGCCGCUUGACUGGGCGCUCGACGUGUCCGAGUCCAUCAUCAUAUUCUGCAUCUGGUCCACGCUUGGCUUGCUGCUCAUACACCGCUACAGGUGGAUUGUCCUGCAACGUGUUUUCUUCAUUAUGGGUCUUUUAUACUUUAUGAGGAGUAUUACAAUGUUUGUCACUCAAGUCCCUGUUGCAAGUACAACGUACUACUGUUCUCCAAAAGCAAAUAGCACAAAUCCGCUUCUAAUAAUGAAACGGGUUGCCCAGCUGCUGAGUGGAUUUGGACUGUCGAUAAAUGGGCAGCACACAUUCUGUGGAGACUACAUCUACAGUGGACACACAGUCAUUUUAACUCUUGCUUACCUCGUUGUCAGGGAAUAUUCCCCUCAGCGCUGUAAAUACUUGCACCUUGUCUACCUGGUCCUGAGCACGGUGGGAAUACUCAUGGUGCUACUGUCGCGCGGCCACUAUACUGUCGAUGUGGUGAUUGGCUACUACGUCACAACUAGGGUGUUCUGGAUUUACCACACCCUUGCCAACAACAUGGCUCUCAAGGUUGCGUCUCAGAAUAACUACCUGUCGCGGUCAUGGUGGUUCUCGCUAUUCACCUACUUUGAGAAGAAUGUGGGAGGCGUAGUGCCACGUCAAUAUGAGUGGCCUCUGCCGUGGCCCCGGAGGUGGCUGCCGCGCACUCGGAUAUCCUAGCACCGCACACAGGGUUAGGACAAGCAGCAGGGCAUAUGAAUCUACCAUGGUGUGAAGGACAGCUGGGGACAAUGCUCAAGAUCCCCCAAGGAGGCAUAUGUGUGCACGUCGAAUCUCCUCAUGGCCAGCCAUCUCCUUCACGCUCCAUGUGCAGUGCUGCUCAUGUGUCGUCAGCAGAAAACCGAAGAAGUGUACUGCUUUCUCUUGUGCGUGCCUCUCUUCUGAUCUGCUACUUUUACAGACAGUCAGAUGCAACCAAGGAAACAAUAAGCUUAUCCAAGUGUGUUGUCAAUGGCCAGUGUUCUUUUUUCUCCUUGUGUCUAUUUGUGUCUGUCAGCUGCUGUGUGGAACGUGUUUAUUGCCCUCCCUCCCCCCAUGACGGCUACUUAUACUUUGUCGUCUUCUGCAAGUUUUAUCUCUGCAAACAUCAGUGUGCUUUGCCCUUUCACCAUGUUACUGCACUACUUGCCAGUGCAAAAGACUUGCACAUUGUCGUUGUUGCUUUUAGUACCUUACUAUGCCAACCUUUAAAGGUGUGCCUUUCUUCUUUCUUUCUUUAUUCGUGUACAUAGUGCUUUUAAGCUUUGGCCAUCCUUGUUCCUUUUUUUUUCUUCCAUAAACAUAAUGUACAGUUGCUCUUCAGGUAAAGAGAGGCAAAAGGAUGAGACAGCUGGAAAGUUCAAUAACAAUUGAACUUUCAGUAGCAUGUCAGGUUUUUGCCAAAUUUUGACAUAUUGGAGCCUCUCUUUCUCCACUGGCGGCUACAUUUUUUACAAUGCUUUGUGCAAAAUGUUUCAGCUCGCUGGUGCGGCACAACUGUAACACCAAAGCCCGAUUUCAAUGCCUCUUCUGCUUUCUCUCUACAUGUGUGUCACAAUCGCAUGCACAUCGUCAGGCAAAAGUGAAAUGGUGCCAAUAUAUAACCUCACCACGGCACUGCUGUAGGCCAGGGACAAUGUGCAGGGCAAAAACGUGGGCAACCUUUUACUGUCGACAACUCCUAUUGCCUACUGAGGAAUGAACCAUUAUGCAGUAUUGAAAUAAAUGUAUCUAUAGUUGUGCUUUGAAUUUAACGCAUUGUCAACCCAUCUCAAUUUAUGCAGAUUGCGCUUGUGAUAAUGUGAGGUGAUGCUGGUGUGGAACACUGUGGUCAGUCCUUCUGCUUUACAAAGUAUGUGAAAUUGUGCAAAACAUUUUCGGAAGGAAAGAAAGAUGCAAGGACUAGUUGGCUGUUUCCGGUUGGCAUCUUGCUUUAAGCUAUUUGGGGCUUGGUUUUGGUUUACCUGUAUGUACAUUUUCUUGUCUUCAGGUAUGAGCCAUGUACGUGUUGGUAUUUAAGCCUUAUACACAAUUUCCUACAGGUUGUACUUGACUAAAAGAUGCCUUAAUGUGGUUUCUUCCCUAUACUAUAAGGAUUGGAUGUGCCAUCUCAUUCUUUUCUAACACUCUUUUGCUUGCUUUUUUUUGUACUGUUUGCCUGUAGAUCUGCAUGUGUAUGUUGUUCUGUUGCCUUAAUAUGAGCAGUCGGUCAAGGCUCUCUGCAGGUGGCUUUGAUGCAACAAGACUAAAGAAAAACAAAGCCAAAGUUUACGGCGUUUUGGUCAUAAAGCUGCAUAACACAAAAAUAAUUGCGCAAACAAUAUUUGUCUCUGUCUGUGAUAACCAGAGCAAACGUUAUGCAGGUCCUUGCGAUUGCUGUGUGUAUAAUGAAAAAAGAAAGGAGACUGUGCAUGAAAGUUGCAAAUAAAUAUUUUUCGUGCCCGGCA